AUGCAGCCCCCCGCCCCAACACGCCCAAUCUUCCUCGGAGAUGACCGAACCGGACGCUUCCAGAUCGGAGGCGGCCUCCCCCUCGAUCACCCCCUCUCCAAAGGGCUCACCCAAGCGACCACCCCCGCGCCAGUCUCCGUCCAGACGAUGACCGCUGGAUACACGCACGACAUCGACAAGUGCGUCGCCGAGAUCCACAAGCUCACCGCCGCGGGAGCGGAUGUUGUGCGCGUCGCCGUCCCGGAAAAGAAGGACACCGAAGCACUCCCAGAGAUCCUCGCGCAGACCACCGUCCCCAUCGUCGCCGAUGUCCACUUCCACUUCAAACGCGCCCUCGAAUCCAUCGAAGCCGGCGUCCACAAGAUCCGCCUCAACCCCGGCAACAUCACCGAUCGCAAACAAGUCGAAGAAGUCAUCGACGCGUGCAAGGAAAAGAACAUCCCGAUCCGCGUCGGAGUCAAUGAAGGCUCCAUCAUCGAGCGCAAGGACAAGCAAUCCCGCGCCAAAGAACUCGGCGCGAUCUUCUCCGAAAACAAGCACGGCUACAUGCUCGCGAUCAUGAUCGCCAAACUCGAAGAAUACCUCGACAUCUUCUACGAACGCGACUUCUACGACAUCGCGAUCAGCGCCAAGUCCAUGGACGCCGCCCUCGUCAUCGACGCGUACACGGAAAUCUCCAAACGCUUCCCCCACCCGCUCCAUUUGGGCGUCACCCACGCGGGACCCAAAGAAACCGGAUGCAUCCGCUCCGUCGUCGCGCUGGGAACCCUCCUCGCCAACGGCAUCGGAGACACCAUCCGAAUCUCCUACGCCAACGAUCCCAUCUACGAGGUCGAAGACGGACUCGAACUGCUCUACACCCUCGGCAAACGCGAACGCAAGGGCGCCGAGCUCAUCGCGUGCCCCACCUGCGGCCGCAUCCAGGUCGAUCUCUUCUCGCUUGUGCAAGAAGUCAACGACAAGCUCAACGAGGACAUCACCGUCCCUAUGAAAGUCGCGGUGAUGGGCUGCGUCGUCAACGGCCCAGGAGAAGCAGAGGGCGCGGACAUCGCCGUCUUCGCCGGAGACCGCAAAGGCAUCAUCUACGUCCAAGGCGAGAAGGUCGCGACGAUCCCCGAAUCCGACAUCCUCGACCGCUUGCUCGCUGAGUGCAAGGACUUCCAAUCCAAGAUCCUCUCAGGUGAAGCAAAGCUCGGCGAGAAGAAAGUCGACAUCGUCCCCCCAGACCCAGAGGGAGAGCUCGGCUCAGGAUGGGAAAAAAUGGAGUUUCUCGCCGUGAUCAGGAUUCAACGCAUCUCGAUGGACCACCCCCUCUACGAGCAGGAGGUCGCGUUGCGCACCUCCGUGCUGCUCAAGCCGUUGGGGAUGACCAUCGAGGACUACUACAACAUGGCACCGGGACGCGAAGAAAAGUGCGAUCAUUUCGUCGCCGUCAUCGACCAUCCGACAGGCGACAAGGUCGUCGGAGCCGCGACGCUCUUCCCUCCCCAGCCCGAUUCCGACGAAACCUCAGGGAAAGUCCAGCAAAUGUGCGUUGAUCCCCAGCGACAAGGCGAGGGGAUCGGGACCAACCUCAUGAUCGCGAUGGAAGUGCGAGCAUUCACCGAGCUCGCGCUGCCGGGACUGUACUGCCACGCGCAGAUCUCCGCGAUGCCGUUCUACGAAAAGCUCGGAUGGGAAGUCGGUUCAGACACAUUCCAAGAAGCCGGAAUCGUUCUCAAUGUAGAAUGGGUUAUGGUUUCCAUAGAUCACCACCAUCACGACGAUUGCACCCACGAGCACCUCGACGCGAAAGGGAUCUUUGCCGAGCAAGGCAUCCGUUGCACCAAGCCGCGUGUGCUCAUCUACGAAGCACUCUGUAGCACCAAGUCCCACCCCACUGCUGAGCAGCUCCAUCAGAUCGUCAAAGAUCAGGACGCCGGGAUUAGCCUUGCAACGAUCUAUAACACACUCGAACUUCUUGUUGACCAUGGUCUCGCUCGACGGAUCGCGAAUCGAGGGCAAGGCUCAGGCGCGAAUCGAUACGACGCCGACCAAGCCCCCCACUUGCACCUCGUCCUCAACGAUGGUCGAGUCAUCGACGCCCCCUCGAAUCUCAGCAAACGACUCACCGAUGCGAUCCCCAACGAAGUGCUCCAACAGCUCGCGCAGCAUGCAGGAGUACCAGCACUCAAAAUCGAAAUCGUUGAAGAUACCGCAGCGGUUUAG